AUGGAGGAGCAGAUCGCUGUGGAGGCAGUCAAAACUGAAAAGGUCAAAAGUUACGUAGCCUCGCUCUGUUUCGGUGGGUCUGUUUUUGCUGACAGGAGGGAGCGUGCUGCUGGGCUAGAAGUGCACCGAGCCGCGACCGGAGAGGAGAAGCACAUCGGACACCACCUAUUUAUCACACUGACUCCUUCCGUCCACUGCCAAGGAGAUCAGAGCGAGUGGGGGAGAGGGCGGAUGAAGAUGGUGUAG